ACGAAGCAUCCAUGGCUGAAUGGUUAAAGCGCCCAACUCAUAAUUGGCGAAGUCGUAGGUUCAAUUCCUACUGGAUGCACGCCAAUAGAACCCUACCUCCCAUAAAGUCGAUUUUUGUUCAAGAAUGAAUCAAUCCGAACUGUUUGACUUAAAUAACUUAACUAAUUUCUUGAUUUCCAUCAUUUUGAAUUUACGUUCAAUUUACGUAAUUUCUUGAUUUCCAUCAUUUUGAAUUUACGUUCAAUUUACGUAAUUUAUUUAUUUAACUAAUUUCUUGAUUUCCAUCAUUUUGAAUUUACGUAAUUUAUUUACUUAAAUAAAAAAAAUUUCUGAUCUGUAUCUGUAGUGGACCUAUUAGCUUAGUAUGAUUUGAAUCGAGACGAAGUUCUGACCAUCUGUCAGAGAAAAAAAGACCGAUUGGCUCUGUAUCAAUGGAAUCUCAUCAUCCAUUAUAACGAAUUGGUGUGGUAAAUUCAAAUUUAAAUAUAUGAACAGUAAAUAAAACUAGUAUUCGUAUUGAGACUAGAACUCAUAGGGAAGAAAAUAGAUUUAUGAAUGGAAUAAAAAAUGCAAUAUUUACAGACAAAAGUAUUCGGUUAUUGGGAAAAAAUCAAUAUACUUUUAAUGUCGAAUCAGGAUCAACUAGGACAGAAAUAAAACAUUGGGUCGAACUCUUUUUUGGUGUCAAGGUAAUAGCUAUGAAUAGUCAUCGACUCCCAAUAAAGGGUAGAAGAAUGCGACCUAUUAUGGGACAUAGACCGCAUUACAAACGUAUGAUCAUUACGCUUCAACCGGGUUAUUCUAUUCUACCUCUUAGAAAAGAACUUAAAUAAAAAUACACUUAAUAGCAUGGCGAUACAUUUAUACAAAACUUCUAUCCCGAGCACCCGCACACGAAAUCGUUUGAUUUAUGGACAGCAUCAUUGUGGUAAAGGCCGUAAUGCCAGAGGAAUCAUUACCGCAGGGCAUAGAGGGGGAGGUCAUAAGCGUCUAUACCGUAAAAUUGAUUUUCGACGUAAUGAAAAAGACAUAUAUGGUCGAAUCGUAACUAUCGAAUACGACCCUAAUAGAAAUGCACACAUUUGUCUCAUACACUAUGGGGAUGGUGAGAAAAGAUAUAUUUUACACCCCAGAGGGGCUAUAAUUGGAGAUACCAUUGUUUAUGGUACAGAAGUUCCUAUAAAAAUGGGAAAUGCCCUACCUUUGACCGAUAUGCCCUUAGGCACGGCCAUACAUAACAUAGAAAUAACACUUGGAAAGGGUGGACAAUUAGCUAGAGCGGCUGGUGCUGUAGCGAAACUGAUUGCAAAAGAGGGGAAAUCGGCAACAUUAAAAUUACCUUCUGGAGAGGUCCGUUUGAUAUCAAAAAACUGCUCAGCAACAGUAGGACAAGUAGGGAAUGUUGGAGUAAACCAAAAAAGUUUGGGCAGAGCCGGAGCUAAACGUUGGUUAGGUAAGCGUCCUGUAGUAAGAGGAGUAGUUAUGAACCCUGUAGACCAUCCACAUGGUGGUGGUGAAGGGAGGGCCCCGAUUGGUAGAAAAAAACCCUCAACUCCUUGGGGUUAUCCUGCACUUGGAAGAAGAAGUAGAAAAAAAAAUAAAUAUAGUGAUAAUUUGAUUCUUCGUCGCCGUAGUAAAUAGUCUAGAGUAGAGAAAAUAGAAUUUGUUUCUUCGUCUUUACAAAAGAAAAGAGUGAUUUACUAUGACAUUAUAUGAUUUGAUUUUGUUUUUUUAGAGAUUAUAUAAUUUUAUUUUUUAAAAUAUAAGAGAAAAAAUUCACUUUUUUAGAAAUUAUAAGAGGAAUAAUUAACUAUGACACGUUCACGAAAAAAAAAUCCUUUUGUAGCAAAUCAUUUAUUAAAAAAAAUAAAUAAGCUUAACACAAAAGGAGAAAAAGAAAUAAUAAUAACUUGGUCCAGAACAUCUACCAUUAUACCUACAAUGAUUGGCCAUACCAUUGCUAUCCAUAAUGGAAAAGAGCAUUUACCUAUUUAUAUAACAGAUCGUAUGGUAGGCCAUAAGUUGGGAGAAUUUUCACCUACUCUAAACUUCCGGGGGUAUGCGAAAAAUGAUAAUAGAUCGAAUCGUUAACAUUAAUUUUAAGGUAAAUUUAGUAUACUAAUAGUCAUUAAUAAAUAAAUAUUAAUUAAUAAACUCAUUUCAUUUUUUCGUGAAAAUAUAACCUUAGGAGAAAGAAGAACCAAUACAUAGAAGUAUAAGCCUUUGGUCAAAAAAUAUUUGUGUCUAUUCACAAGACAAAGCGCGAAUCGUAAUUCAUAAUAUUUCUAUUUUUAAAGGGUUAUUAUAAUAGAAAUUAUGCUUUAUGGAGUUGAGCAUAUUAUUCUAUUUUUUUUUUUUGAAUU